AUGAAUCCAAACGUGAGUGCUACUGCUACUACAGGCUCAAAGGAUAGGAACACCUCCUCUUUGAUGAGAACAAAGCCUUCAUCCGCGACGACCUCUCUGCUACGAAAACCUUCGGCUCAAACGAUGAGGGAGGAAAAGAAAUUUGAGGAAAAAAUUCCCGAGAGCGUGAAAGAAUUUUCGUUGGCUUUGCAACGAGAUUUAAAAAUUAAUUCCUUGUAUGAUAUUCAAAAUUUAACGAAUAUUGCGAGAGAGGAAAUUCAUAACGCAAAAUACAUUGCAAAGGCAAUAUGUACGAGAAUAAAAACAGCAAGUGAUGAUGAAAAGCUUCCGAGCUUAUAUUUGUUGGAUUCUAUCGCGAAGAACGUUGGAGGAGUAUACAUAACAGAAUUUACAACCAAUUUAGUGGAUGUAUUUUACUAUUCUUUCAAGGCUCAGACCAAUGUUGAAACACAAACAAAAUAUUUAAAGUUACUCAAGACAUGGGAACCAAUUUUUGGACACCAGUUAGCCCAUACUAUUGAAGAAAAGAUUAUGCGAUUACCUGCUUAUGGACCCAAUCAAGUCCAAGACUAUGCAAAACUUGUACAAAGUCAUUCAAACGCCUCCAUUUAUGUGAAUCCUAAGAAAUUCGCCAAACAAACAAGCAUUGAUUUUUCAAAGGUGGGAAACAUGAAUCCACUCAUCACUCCAACACCAGCCUUUCAAUCUCCUUAUUCGAGUCAAAGUGGCUCUCUCGUUCAAGGAAACUCUUCUCAAUCAAAUUCCGCCAUGAUGAAUGCUCGUCCAUCCGUCCCUGCAACAAGCUCCUCCUCCUCUGAUUUGAAUUGGCUUGUUCAGUUGCUUAAUAAAACAACCACAGCAACACCAACCACCCAAACAAACCCAAAAGAAGAACAUGACACCCGAGUAGUAGAAAACAAAUUAGUGAACAAGUUGUACAUGUACUCUUGCAACAACUCAAAGAAGUGUCACUUUUGCAAGCAUUGUGGCUUUGGAUUUCCAAACAAACAAUUACUGACUCAACACACAAACUACUCUGCCUUACAUAAAGUUAAAAGUUCAAACGCCACCACCUCUCCUAAGGUGUUCUCAAGAUCAUGGUUUGAUCAAAGCGAUGAUGAAUGGGCAUCCAGUAAAAGUUGUGACUCUGAACGAGUCUCCAUUUUGUGCUUGAAUGCUAACUCCAUCUUUGGCGAAUCAAUCAACUCAUCAUCACCAACUAGAAACAGCAGCAGUGAUGAAGAGAAAGAUUUUAGUUCCAAGGUGUUAGCUCCUCUCGAUCAAGAUGACUGUGUGAUUUGUGGAGACUCCUUUGAGAGAAUUUUGGAUGACUCUUCUGGAGAAUGGAUGAUAAAGAAUGCAUGCUUUGAUCCCAAUACAGGAUCUUUUGUUCAUUGUGCUUGCUUUAAUCCCAAGAAACGUUCACAUUCUUCUCAUGAUUCCAUACAUUCUGAAAAACGAAUCAAAUUUGUGUAA